CAGGCAUUCAGAGGGCAUCCUCUGUAAUUAUAUGCAGCUACUCUUCUCACAGUGAACAAACUUCACUUGCUAUGCAACAACUACUUCCCUUCAGGUACCAGAUUUGCUUGAAUCUCUCCACACACCGACAGCAAAAACGUAAGCAUCAUGAUGGAAAUCCGUUUAAAAGGCCCGUAAUCCCGCCGCUCAGAAAAGGCAUGUUUCUUUCGCGUCUGGCCGUCUGUUGUUUCGAUACUGACUCUCACUUCAGAAUUAUCAGACUGCUCAAACGCAAAGAGCUCGCUGUUGAUUCGACCUCGAACUCCUCUACCUACAUUUUCACAAAUGAGACAAAGAGCCAGUUGCUGAUUUUCACGCAAAACUCGACGUUGCAGAGGAACAGUAUUUUCGAACAAAGACACAUUUCUUGUCCACGUUUAUUCCUCCAUCAUGCACUACAGAAGCAAUCAGAAGAAGCAACACUGCACAUCGAACCCCACUGCUCCUGGGAAACUCAAUGUCGUGUUCGAUGGGCUCGGCAGCAAACUUCCGGGUAUAUCUCGAACUCGCCUAUCUGGUGGACCCGCUUAUCGGCAGGAUUUGCCGGUCUCUGGUUUACGAGUCCAGACUCCAGAAUAAGUCGGAGAUGCCGAACACAGCAGCAUUGUUAUCCAGGGGGUAGAACUAUCAUGAUAAAUAAGAAGAAGAGGCUUGAGAAGAACAGCGGGCGAUGUUGAUGUCUUGAGCAUCUACCUCUCGAGACCACUUCUCGGCCUGUUUCAGCGGUUCAGGUACGCAGCGCUGGGCCCGGUUGCCG